UUUUGUUUUCUUUAUGUUGCUUUUUGUCUUCCACUUUCAAAGAGUUUUGACCGUUGCUUUUCUUUCUCAACGUCUCUCUCUCUCUCUUGCUCUCUCUCUCUUUGAUCAAGCUCCGUCUUAUUCCCGCUUGCCAUACCCAGCUGGGAAAUCCUUAUGAAUCUGGUGAGAAAUACAGAAGGAUACCAUUGUGAUCUGCAUUUUGAUUCAGGCCUAAAGAAUUCCUAGAGUGAAAGUGAAAAGGGAAGCAAAAGUGAGAGAUGGGAUGUUCCACAUCAAAGCUGGAUGAUGAAGAAGCAGUUCAGCUUUGUAAAGAUCGAAAGAGAUUCAUCAAACAGGCGGUUGAGCACAGAAGCCGAUUUGCCUCUGGACACUUAGCCUAUAUCCAGUCCUUAAAAAGAGUUUCAGCUGCUCUUCGUGAUUAUAUCGAAGGAGAUGAGCCUCGUGAGUUCUUAUUAGAUUCAUUCAUAACCCCACCUUUCACACCUAUAAAGAAAACUAGUCCUGGUUUCAUCACAAUUUCAUCCAAGUCCUUAUCCGGAACACCAAUUCAGUCUCGGCCUAAUUCACGUUUGAAAGUAAAUUACCUAAGGUCAGGUGGGGAGCCAGCUGUGUUGGUUGAGGAGAGACCUCAAUCACCAGAGACUGUCAGAGUUGAAACUUAUUCUCCAAUGCACCAUUAUGGGAUUGAUGGAUUUUUCACGUCACAAUCCUCACCAAUGAAUCCUUCAAUCUUCUCUUAUUCCCCUAACAAUAGACCCAAUAUUCCUCCAGCUUCACCUCAAACAUCCCAAUGGGAUUUUUUUUGGAAUCCAUUUUCAUCAUUGGACUACUAUGGCUACCCUACACGUAAUAGUCUCGACCAGACAGUCAUGGAUGAUGACAUUAGAGGCCUUAGGCAGGUCCGAGAAGAAGAAGGGAUUCCAGAUUUAGAAGAGGAAACUGAGCUAGAAGAAUCUGAUAAUAAGGUAAAUGUGACAGAAGAAAGAGCUAAAGUUGAUCGAAAUUGCACUAGAGAAGAGGUUAUUGUAGAAGAUAUUGAUGAGGAUGAUGAUGAUGAUGAUGAUGAGGAUGAGGAGGAAGCAACAGAUAGUGAAGAUGAAACUGACCAUGAUGUGCAAGGCUUACAAUCACAUCGCACAAGCAUAGAGGUAGCAAAAGCUCGAGCGGCAAGACAGGUUAGAACUAGUAAUCAAGAAACGGCAGUAGAUAAUCAAGAAGCCAAGGAAGAAACACCGGGCUUUACUGUUUAUGUUAACCGCAGGCCAACAAGUAUGGCAGAAGUUGUUAAGGAUCUUGAAACUCAAUUCAAUAUAAUUUGUGAUUCAGCCACUGCUGUUUCAGCAAUAUUAGAGGCUAGCAGAGCUCAGUAUUCGUCAACUUCCAAUGAACUCUCAGCGAUGAAAAUGUUGAAUCCGGUAGCUUUGUUUCGAUCAGCUUCAUCUCGCUCUUCGUCCUCAAGAUUUUUAGCUAAUUCUUCGGGCUCUAAAGAUGAAGGUUAUGAAAGCAAUAGUGACUUCUCUGAUGAAAACUCCAUGUUUUCAGGUGGUCACCAAUCAACAUUGGACAGAUUAUAUGCAUGGGAAAAGAAACUCUAUGAUGAAGUCCGGUCUGGAGAAAAGGUUCGAAUUGCAUAUGAGAAGAAAUGUAACCAACUUAGGAACCAAGAUGUGAAAGGAGAUGACCCCUCUGCAGUUGAUAAAACAAGGGUAGCCAUUAGAGAUCUGCAUACCCAGAUAAAGGUUUCGAUACACUCAGUUGAAGCUGUUUCUAAGCGGAUUGAAACUUUGAGGGAUGAAGAACUGCAGCCUCAACUUUUUGAAUUGGUACAAGGGUUAGCGAGUAUGUGGAAAGUAAUGGCAGAGUGUCAUCAGUCACAGAAGCGGACAUUAGACGAAGCCAAGCUGUUACUAGCUGGUACACCUUCAAAAAAACACUCUUCCAUGUCAGUAACAACGGAGCCACAGCGCCUUGCCCAUUCAGCUAUCAAUCUUGAGUCAGAACUCAGAAAUUGGCGAAACUGUUUUGAACAAUGGAUCACUUCUCAACGAUCCUAUGUAAAUGCACUAACUGGCUGGCUCCUCAGGUGUGUCCGGUCCGAUCCUGACACCUCAAGAGCACCAUUCUCUCCUCGUCGAUCCAGUGUAUGCCUUCCAAUAUUUGGACCAUGCAUCCAAUGGUCAAAUUUUCUUGAUAACAUCCAUGAAACAAAAGUGCUAGAUGGACUAGAUUUUUUUGCAGCAGGGAUGGGGUCUCUCUAUGCUCAACAGUUAAGAGAAGAUUCUCGUCGUACACCAAUUGGAUCAAAGAGAUUCGGAGCUGGGUUAUCUGAGGAUUCUGGGGGGAACAUGGAAAUGGUAGAGGUUGGUCAAGUAGAUGCGGUAAUGAAUGCAGAGAAAAUGGCUGAAGUUGCAAUAAAGGUACUUUGUGCUGGAAUGUCAGUUGCUAUGAGCUCACUGACAGAAUUUGCUUCUUGUUCUGCUGAAGGGUAUGCUGAACUUGUUCAGCAAUGGGAGAAAAAAACCAAGUUGCCGCACAGUUCGAGCGGCGCUCAUAUGUAAUUUAUGGUUUUUUUUUUUUUUCCCUGUUCUUUUAGGUACUGACCAAUAUCAAUCAAGUUUUUACUUGUAUAGAGUAAUUGGCAUCCCCCAUGUCUCUAAUUUAUUUUAGUCCAUGUAGUUUCUUGGCGAACAAGGAAAAGAGGAAAUAGAUAAUCUAAAACUAGAAGACUAUUUUGUAUUUGGGAUUGGGAAGAGUUGUAAAAUGUAAAUUCCAGAAAAUUUUCAAUUCUUUUAUCAUCCUUUUUUUUUUCAACUAAUCAAAAGGGACUGAUUAAUAAUUAUCAUC